AUGAACCAGUCCAGCCAGGACCAGAGUGGAGUGGGAACAGCAGACCCUGAUCAGGACUCUCCCAACGUCAUUGUCUACCGAAAGAUUGAGGAGAUAGUGACUCGUAUCCAGGAUGAGACUGAGGGCGUUCCCAUCAGAACUGUCAAGAGCUUCCUGACCAAGAUACCCAGCGUCGUCACAGGUGCAGACAUAAUACAGUGGCUGAUGAAGAACCUAGCCAUUGAAGAUCCAGCUGAGGCCAUCCACAUCGGGAGUCUGAUUGCUGCUCAGGGAUAUCUCUUCCCCAUCUCUGAUCACGUUCUGUCACUCAAAGACGAUGGAACCUUCUAUCGCUUCCAGGCUCCAUAUUUCUGGCCUUCUAACUGCUGGGAGCCAGAGAACACAGACUAUGCUAUCUAUCUGUGCAAGAGGACCAUGCAGAACAAGACUCGUCUGGAGCUGGCUGAUUAUGAGGCGGAGAACCUAGCCAGACUACAGAGAGCCUUCACUAGGAAGUGGGAGUUUGUCUUCAUGCAGGCCGAGGCUCAGGUCAAGAUCGACACGAAAAAGGAUAGAAUUGAGAGGAAGAUUCUAGACAGUCAAGAAAGAGCUUUCUGGGAUGUCCACAGGCCUGUGCCAGGUUGUGUGAACGUCACAGAGAUGGACAUCAGGAAAUGCAGACGUAUGAAGAACCCACAGAGAGUCAAGAAGUCAGUGUAUGGACUGAUAGAGGAGGGUCGGUCACAGAGCCCGGUACACAGACCCUCACAACUAGCCAGGAAAGGCACCAAAGAGGAUGUGGAGAAAGAGAUUGUGUUUCUUAACAGCCAGUUGGACCGACACUGUAUAAAGGUUUCAAAAGUCGCUGAGAGUCUGAUGACCUACACUGAGCAGUACCAGGAGUAUGACCCGUUUGUGGUGUCACCAGAACCCUCCAACCCCUGGACCAGUGACGACCUCUCAUUCUGGGACCUGGAGGCCAGUAAGGACCCCAGUCAACAGAGAGUGAGGAAGUGGGGUUUUUCUCUAGAUGAAGCUCUGAAGGAUCCGGCAGGUCGCGACCAGUUCCUCAAGUUCCUGGAAUCAGAGUUCAGCUCAGAGAACCUACAGUUUUGGUUGGCUGUCCAAGAUCUGAAGAGGCAGCCUCUGGAGAACGUGGCAGAACGGGCUCAGGAGAUCUGGACAGAGUUUCUGGCAGAAGGCGCUACCAGCUCCAUCAACCUGGACUCACACAGCUACGAACGCACCAGCGCCAACCUUAAAGACCCGGGACGAUACAGCUACGAAGACGCUCAGGACCACAUCUAUAAGCUGAUGAAGAGUGACAGCUACACACGGUACCUGCGCUCCAACGCUUACCAGAACCUUCUGAUCGCCAGGAAGAAGCCUGAGACGGAGCAGCAGCAGGGAAGACGCACCUCUCUGGAGAAGUUCACACGCAGCGUGGGCAAGUCACUGACGGGCAAACGGCUGACGGGCCUGAUGUCCUGAACCAGGCCUGGGGCUAGAGUAAGACAGCCAUGCCCACUGGACACAACGUCACCCACAUAACUGACUCCAGAUCAGUUUCCUGAGCUCCAGCGGAGGACAGACAUCAUGCAAUAAAGUCACUUAGAUCUGACACUGGGCGAGUGGCUGCGUCUCAAGUGGCACCAUGUCGUCUUAUAUAGUGCACUAUUUCUGACUAGAGCCCAUGUGAUUUGUGUAAUCCAUACAAGAAAGUGUACACUUUGAAGACUGGCAACAUCCUAGCCUGGGCAUUAGUCUAAAGUAGUGGAGACUGGCAACAUCCAAGCCUGGGCCUUAGUCUAAAGUACUGGAGACUGGCAACAUCCUAGCCUGGGCCUUAGUCUAAAGUAGUGGAGACCGGCAACAUCCUAGCCUGGGCAUUAGUCUAAAGUAGUGGAGACUGGCAACAUCCUAGCCUGGGCAUUAGUCUAAAUUAGUGGAGACUGGCAACAUCCUAGCCUGGGCUUUAGUCUAAAGUAGUGGAGACUGGCAACAUCCUAGCCUGGGCCUUAAUCUAAAGUAAUGGAGACUGGCAACAUCCUAGCCUGGGCCUUAGUCUAAAGUAGUGGAGACCGGCAACAUCCUAGCCUGGGCAUUAGUCUAAAGCAGUGUACUAUGAAGACAAUAAGGUGCAAUUUGGGACGCAGACACUGUAGUUUAUCAACAUAUAACUCUGCCCGCUCUCUCUCUGUCUCUCUCUCUCUCUCUGGCUCUCUCUCUCUCUGUCUCUCUCUCUCUCUCUGGCUCUCUCUCUCUCUGUCUCUCUCUCUCUCUCUGUC